AACGUGGCAGCUUUGCAAGUUGCUCCCGCGCACCCUGGGACUUUAAUGUGGGUACCCGAGCGAACUGGCUGACCUGGCGCUGUCGACUUGAAGAAACGAAGCAUCUCCAAUUCAACCCCCUCGACAGCCGACAGCCGACAGACGACGAGCACCACGAAUUCGAGUCGACCCUGCCCCGAUAUACCCGCGGCUCGCCCUAAAAUCCAUCUUUAGAAGUCAACUUCCGUCAUCGACAAUAUGAGACCAUUUCUCCCAUUGCUCUCGCUGAGUGCAGUCGCCCAGGCGCUGUACUUCUACAUUGACGGCACCUCGCCCAAGUGCUUCUUCGAGGAGCUCCCCAAGGACACGCUCGUUGUUGGCCACUACACUGCCGAGGAGUGGGAUGACCGGAUCAAUCAGUGGGCCAAGCACGAUGGUCUCAGCAUCUACAUCUCUGUUGAUGAAACCUUCGACAACGAUCACCGUGUAGUUUCCCAGCGUGGCCAGGCAUCAGGCCGUUUCACCUUCACGGCUGCCGACGCCGGCGACCACAUGCUCUGCUUCACCCCGUCCUCCACUUCUGGCCGCGCCGGCUGGCUCUCGCUUCACUCCCACAACGGUGGUAUCCGCCUGACACUCGACCUCGCCAUUGGUGAGAGCACCGAAAUCGAGAGCUCCGACAAGAGCAAGCUCGAGGAUAUUGCGACCCGCGUCAAGGACCUCAACGCUCGUCUGCAGGAUAUCCGCAGAGAGCAAGUCUUCCAGCGUGAACGCGAAGCCGAGUUCAGAGACCAGUCCGAAUCUACCAACGCCCGUGUCAUCAGAUGGAUGCUUAUUCAGCUCACUGUUCUCGCUGUUACUUGCACCUGGCAACUGUCUCACCUGCGGUCAUUCUUCAUCAAGCAGAAGCUCACAUAAGGAAAACGAAAUAGGGGGUUGGGGCGUUCUUGCAGCGUUCCGUCAGAGCAGAGAAGGGUUGAAAGCCCAUGCUCAGUGCUUGUUAUAGCCUCGUCAAGAGGGCGGGGGGGGCUCCCAAAUUGCUCAUUGCGCCAGGCCACUGCGGCCAGGGGCUGGGCAACGGAUUUGUAAUGAUAUACACACCAAUUGUAGCUACGAAAGCGAGGCUCGGUCAAUGAAGCAUACGUCGAAUGUCAGGAUUCCUGCUUGAAA